CUUUGUUUAUGUCUGCCCAGUCAGUAGAGCUACAUCAUGCUUAAAGGUGCUUCAGUAAUUAGAAAAAUUGCUGACAGACAGAACUGGAAAAUAAAUGACAUGGGCAUGUUGUUAUUGCAUUUAAAGCUUUUACCUUCACCUUAACAAGGUGCCAGUUCCACUCAGGCUUAAAUGUGUCUUGCUUACCUACACGGCAGAGCCAGUGGCCUGGUGUUAGGAAAAGAUGGUGCUGGUAAAAAUAAGGAUCAAGCCAACUUUUCCUUGGUUUUGUGAAGAGUUGGUGAUUAGUUACUCUCUCCUGUAGGAAGAUGAGCUUCAUGGUGGCUCUUAAUCUUGGGAAAUGAGGUUGCUGGUAGUCAGAAGAAUGUUGUCACCCUAAAAGUUGCUGUUGCUUUUCCCAGUCGUUGCAGUCCCUGGUGACUGAAGCAGAUCUCCUCUACCCUGCUCUUAGUUGCUUGUUUUUCCCAGACUUAACUUUUUUGAAAUGCUCGUUCACAGAUGCUGUAAGUAGUGACAUUGUCUCUUGGAACAGUAUCUACGUUAUUGCAAGUGUUGUCUUGCCUGUUUAUUCCACAUUGCCCUAAGCUUUAUUUACAUGACAGUUCUGAAUUAUUGGCUGGGACUGGAACUCUGCCUGAAAACACUCCACCUAUAAUGCAGCAGAAGCGGUUGGUUUGUGGCUUCUCUUUGAUAUAAUGUUUUCAUUAAGUAAAAACACAGAGAGGGGUAUUUUCAGAAGAUGUUGAUGUGCUUGUUUUGGACCUGGCCCUUUUCCCCAGUGAAUCAAUCAUUGCACAACUCAGCAUGACUGGCAUUCCCUGAUUGAGAGGCACAAGCUCCAACUUCCAGAUCAAAGUGGAGUAACCCGUCAGAAUUCGGGUGUCCCAGCCAAACCAUGCAGUUGGAAGCUUGUGGGUGAUCUCAGUGCUGGGUUCAGGUGUCCUUCACCCGUGAUCCUUGAGGACAGGAGAGCUCUGUAUUCCAAGGAGGCUUUAAAGCUAAACACACACCCCAAAAAAAAGGAAGGCGAGAGCGGUCACGUAGCUCCCACGCUCAGGCAGGAUAGCUGAGAGAGACAACCAUCCCUUGCAGUUGGCAGUAAAUCAGGCUACAAAUUCUUCUCUCUUUCUUCUGUGGACAAAUUAGAGCAGAUCUAUGAAUGCAACAGUAUUUCCUGUUGAUGUGCAUCAUUCUUCCUCCCUGAAAUCUCCCUCUGUGUUUUUCCCUCGUUCCUGUGAUUCCUCAGCUGACACAGAAGACGUGUGCAUUGUGGAGAGGCUCUUCUCCAGUAGCCUGGUGGCCAUAGUCAGCCUUAAAGCUCCACGCAAGCUGAAAGUUUGUCACUUUAAGAAGGGGACAGAGAUUUGCAACUACAGUUACUCCAACACCAUCUUGGCUGUCAAACUCAACAGACAGAGGCUGAUAGUAUGUCUGGAAGAGUCUCUUUAUAUACACAACAUACGAGACAUGAAGGUAUUACAUACAAUCAGGGAGACACCUCCCAAUCCUGCAGGGUUGUGUGCUUUAUCAAUAAACAAUGAUAAUUGCUACCUGGCCUACCCAGGAAGUGCAACUAUUGGAGAAGUACAAGUCUUUGACACCAUCAAUCUGAGAGCUGCUAAUAUGAUCCCAGCUCAUGAUAGUCCCUUGGCUGCUUUGGCAUUUGAUGCAAGUGGUACUAAACUUGCCACUGCCUCAGAAAAGGGGACAGUAAUAAGAGUGUUUUCCAUUCCAGAGGGACAGAAACUCUUUGAAUUCCGAAGGGGAGUGAAGAGGUGUGUGAGCAUCUGUUCGUUGGCCUUCAGCAUGGAUGGCAUGUUUCUGUCUGCAUCCAGUAACACAGAGACAGUGCAUAUCUUCAAACUUGAGACUGUGAAAGAAAAACCUCAGGAAGAGCCUACGACCUGGACAGGUUACUUUGGAAAAGUGCUGAUGGCCUCAACAAGCUACCUGCCCUCUCAAGUAACAGAGAUGUUCAACCAGGGUAGAGCCUUUGCUACGGUCCGUCUGCCCUUCUGUGGGCACAAAAACAUCUGUGCACUUGCCACAAUCCAGAAGAUCCCUCGUUUGUUGGUGGGAGCUGCCGAUGGGUAUCUCUACAUGUACAACCUGGACCCCCAAGAAGGAGGCGAGUGCACACUAAUGAAGCAGCACAAGCUCGAUGGCAGCAUGGAGCCAGCCAACGAAAUCCUCGAGUCUGCAUCCCACGACCGGCCGCUGGUAGCGCAGACGUACAGUGCCGCUGUGACUAAAGGUACAUAUGUGCCUUCCUCACCCACAAGGCAUGCCUAUACAGAUGACCUGGGUGCUGUGGGUGGAGCUUGCCUGGAAGAUGAAACCAGCUCACUUAGAUUGGAUGAAGACAGUGAGCAUCCCCCCAUGAUCCUUCGGACAGACUAAACUUGGACCUGUGAACUCACUCCUGAAGCAGAGAACACUGGCUUGAUGUUUCUUGAGGAACCUCGUGUUAUGCUGCUAUGAACUUUGACAUGAGUUGGGAGAGAGGAUGACAGACUCUUACAGUUUUAAGUCGUAGCUGUAGUUCUAAUUCUAUACAAUUGGAAAAAUAUAUGGUUUUCAAUUCAGUGGCUUUUAAUCUUGCUUAUCUAUUUUAGCUGUGUCUUUUUUUUUUUUGUUGCCAAAACCUGCUGUUUGUGCAGCCCUCAGAGCCUACUAGCUUUGCAUGCGUUCAUGUGCCAAGCAAGCAUAGGAGGGGGAGAGAGAGAGAGAAGCCACUUUAUAACAAACUCAAGUUUGUAUUUUUUUUAUAUAUGUACAUAAUAUUUAGCCUAUAUAAAGAAGGAGUAGAGAAGUGGUUCUGGAAGCUGAGACUAGUUCUGCACUGACAAAGGUCCAAAUGGUUCCUGUGCAUGGGCUUGCAGGCAUACCUAGUGACUGACAUGCAACCUUUCAAAUGCAAUGGCCUGUUUUUUUGGGUUCUCCCUUCCCUUUCCUGGACCAUUUUGUUAAUUAAAAUUCCUUCUGAAUGUUGUGUAUUUGUGGGACUGUUCUGUUUGUUGGGAUGGAAAACUGGAAGUGUUUCCCUGCGUAAGGAUAUAGAAUAUGGAAAGUGCCUUUACAGGGAAGGAAUUGCUGCAGGAAGAAAGCUAAAAUGAGGGAAGAAUUGUUAGAGAAUCUUGUUUGUGCACCUUUAGUGCUUGGGUGUCUGUAGUAGUGGCUGAUAAGCUUGUGGGUUUUUUAGAGAAGAAUUGGAAUGCACUUUCUUUCUCUCCUGUAGAUUGUCCUAUUUUCUUGGCAGAGUAGCAAUAACCUUUUUUUAUACUUUUUUACAUUAUCCAAAGCAAGGAUUCUGUCAGGCUGGAGGGAAGUCCCUGUAGAGUUUGGCAGCCCCACUCUAUAAACAGCCUUAAGGUUUACUGCUGGAAGGCAUAGCUCUCAAUUCCUGCUUCUCCCCAGUCUGAGGCUGAGUGCACUGCUCUAACAGUGAAGGUUCAUGAUUUUUUUCAGGAUACUGAUGUAAAUAUAAAUGAUUUUGAAAUAUUAAUUUUCUUCUGGAUUAUCUUCUGCUGGAUAACAAUACUUUUCCUUCUGGUUUUUUUUUUUCCCAUUUUCCCCUCUCAUCAGAGUACCUACUGUGAUACACUCAAGGACUGGUUGUCUCUUUGGCAAUUUGGGAAUAAAUCCAUAACUGCCCCAACUCUGGCUAGAGCUUUCCAAGGCUGAGCAGUGCUGCAAACUAUUUUUAGGGUUGUAAUGUGCCUUCUCUUAAGUCUUGGAUAACAGUUAGUGAGCAAGUGAUUAGCAAAGUACGUGGUGAGUGUUACUUUCCUUUGCCGAAAUGAGCCUCCCUUGCCUUUUGUGUAGCAGUGUAGGUUGCUUCCUUUCCCUCUACUGACUGCUUGCAAAGAAGUAAAAGUAAAAGCAGACAAGGAAAUUGCAGAUCUUGAAAGGAGGACAGAGGCUGAGUGCUCCAGCUACACGUGAGCUCCCUCCCACCAACAGGCAGUGAUGUGCUUUUAGGACUUGGUACUAUUGAGUCUCCUCUUGAGCAGUAGCAGGCGGUUUUGUCCCCAAAGCCUGUGUGGGCAGGUGGGCUUCCCCUGCCUCUAAAGUACAGAAGAAGGUGGUAGCCCCUGCCAGGAGACCUCUCUGUCAGUGAGGCUGCUGUCAGUCCAUGUAAGUUGGUUGGAGUGGCUUGUGGUGUCCCCUCCAGAGCCCGGCACAUUCACUGGAAACCCCUGAGUCAUGCUGAAAUCUUGCUUAGUCUCUCGAUUUUAAGAUCUGACUGAUAACUCAAUUCCAUGGUCUGGAAUUAUUUAUUUUCUUUCUUUUUUACUGCAAGUGCUCUCAGCUUUGCUGUGGAGCUCUGAGAGCUGCAGAGUAAAAUACAAAUCUCAGAUGUGAGCUCGGUGAGCUGUGGCAAACUGAACCACCAGGAGCUGUCAGAUGUCUGCUCAUUCCAGACUAAAGCUGGUAACAUUCCUGAUAACAUCCUUGGAGGCUUGGCCUAGACUCCACAAGCACAGUUAGCAGUAAACAUGCACCAGCAACACAGGUCUGCUAAGCACACAAGUUUUACAACUCUGGAGCGUAACAAAGGCCAUGUUACAUAGUCAGAUACACCCCUAAGUGUAAUUACUAACUUCAUUGCUAAAAAUGGGUAAAAUUUUACCCCCAUCUUACCUUUCACACCUUAUUUUCCACCGGUGAGUUUGAGAUCCCAUGUUCACUGUGUUUGUGUCUUCCGUAUGUUCCUGCUCCUGAGCCACACUGUGGAAUUGCUGUGCCCUACUUGGUUCACUCCUAAGUAGAAGCUGGAAGCCAGUAAAAGUAUCUUUUUGUUGUUGUAACUGGGAAAAUCUUUAGAGAGCAGAAGCAUUAAUAUUCUGGGGUUAGUGACCAGCACAAAGCUAGUAGGGUGGAACAGGUGGUUUCUGGUCCCCACUGGCUGUGUUUUUGAGAGUGGUGGCAGUAGUUUGUCUUGAGUUCAUUGCAUGAGGAUAUAAACUUUUUCUCAGAUAAAAUAUGACUAAUAUAACUUCUCUGUGAUGGCCUUAGGCCCUCAGAAACCACCCUGUUGUGGUGUGCUACCAAAGUUAAAAGCCUUUCAGGUUGGGGGUUCAUCCCAGUGACACAAAGACGUAUUUUUAUUUUUUUUUCUUUAAGCAUACCAGAAAUGCUGUUUGCAGCUGCAUCCUCACCUGAGUAUGGAGCGUGUGAUUGCACUGUUGUUCUCUGUGGAUCAGGAGGUGUCUAAAGAUUUCUGUUCUGGUGGUCUGACAGCCCAGGGUAAGCCAAGGAGGCUCUAGACCCGUGCUGUGACCAUAGGCUUCUAGUUUAGGAUAUGGGAACUAUGGCCCCUCUCGGGUUAGACUGACCUUCCUUGGAAGGACAGUGUUUGAUCUGUAUAGCCUGUCUUGAAUCUCUUGAUUCAAGCUGCACUUCUUGAUAGCUUUUAACUCAGUGGAGGGUUGGGGCAGAGAUAACUGGAACAACCAAAGCUGGGGAGGGGGGAACACUGAAAAAUUUGCAAUCCUAAACUCAGGUCUUAGCUUGCAGUGGGAUCAGUUCCCAGUAAGUACCAUAGGGAAGGAGCUGUUUAUCUUGAUGUGCAAAUAGGCAAUGAGUGCAGGUACUCAGCUGCUGUCUCGACAUCUGUCUGUUUACUCUGUAUUUCAAGUUCUGAGGCAGAAAGCUUUUAUCUGCUCCAGUCUCCUCUUAUGUCGCUGUUUCCAAAAUACAGGUGAUAGAUACAAAUCUAGCAGUUAAAAGGCAGGGCCUGGCAGAGGAGGAGGAGGAAGUAGAAAGCAUCAAGAGGUUGUAAAAGCUGUUUGUUCUGAUGCCCUGUUCAGCAAGGCAUUGGCACGAGUGCUCCCUCUGGGAUCAGGUGUGUGCUUGUACCUUGCUGCUUCGGGUCCUGCACGGCGAGUUUCUUGGCUCUGUGUUUUGCUGAGCGUGGGGGUAGAGGUGGUGGCUUUUCAAGUCUGCCUGAAUGCAAAUAAAUACCUGAGAGGACUUUUAAUGCAGUGACAGGUGUCUGACCUGUGUGUAAUAGUGAGAAGGGAGGAGUGAGCUGAGGAGCCACAGGCUGGGUGAGCGGGUUAGCGCAGAGCCCUGAGCAGAGCGUUCUUUUGUUACGUCCCGUGCUGUGCUUUCUUGGCUCCAGUAAUGGCAUUAGCAUCAAAGCAACAUGCAGUAGGACAGUAGAAUUUCUUUCCCUGGGGGUUGCUGAGCUGUUCAGUAUCCCACUGGUGUGUGCAGAUGCUCUGCUUCUGUUUGCAGAGCGACAGGAGUCUUUGUCCAAAGCAUUGGUGUGGAUUAAUCACUGCAGAGGUUUUGGAAGGUUUUAUUCUGUGCUCCAGCUGUCCUGGCUAACUUUAAAGCUGUCAACUUUAGUUAACCUGUUAACAUCUGAGAGCAAGGCCGAGUGUCUUCUCCACAUGUGCAGAGCAGGCCUUUCUUUUCCUGGAAUCUGCUGCCCCGUGAAAGGCUUGCAAUGAAGAAAGCAUGGCUCUGACUGUAAAUAAAUCCUUUCAGAUUCCAAUUGUACAACCAAAGGAAUUCAGCAAAUUCCUAUUUUUCUAAUCGUGACAUGCCUUCAUUUUAAUGCUCUUCCGACUGGCACAUCUCAUCUCACACCACUUUGAAAAUAACGGGCAAGAAGUUUUAUCUCUGGCUUGCAAACAGCUGCCGUUGUGCUCGUUACAGGUGUCAGUGCUGUGGCUUUGGCCAUGCGGCCGCAGGGACCUGCGCUGGCUCCCCUGCAUGUGCCCGACUCGGGAGUGGGGAGUUCUUCCUGAACCUGUAGCUCUGGGUUUCUGUGGGGUGCUGACUCGGCCCUAUGUCUACCUGGAUCUAUUUGCUCUUGCAUUUGCUUCCUUACCUGGAGAAAACCCUGCAUCCUGCAGUGCUCACUGACUGUUCGGUAUCUGUGUCGAUAAGUGGAAAAAUCUGUCUUAACAUUCCACCUCACCAAGUGUCUGGCUCUCACUGCUAGCCCAUCGCUCUUUGUAAUUUUAUAACUGCCUAAGAAAUUAAAUCUGUGUUGUGAUAAGUA